AUUCCUUGGGAUUAUGCAACUCUUCUUCUUCUUCCUCUUCCUCUUCUUCUUCUACCUGAAGGCUACUACUAAGUUGUGGAUCAAGUUUAGUGUCUUGCUGCAAACUGCAUAAUCGAAUUAGGCAAACGUAACCAGCCAUGGCCUUGUCGAUCAGAUGUAUGAACGCCUGCCGAUUACCUAAAUCUUAUUUGAAUUCGUUGUGGAGUCAUGGUCAAAGACAGUUUCAGACAUCCCAUGUGAGGUUAUCAUCUAUUUAUACUACAGAUCCUAUAGAUCCACAUGAAGAAACAUUCGAUAAAAUUCUUAUUGCAAAUCGUGGUGAAAUUGCAUGUAGAGUGAUCAACACAGCAAGAAAAAUGGGCAUCAAGACAGUAGCAAUACACUCAGAUGUGGACUCAUAUGCUCCUCAUGUUAAGUUAGCUGAUGAAGCAGUAUGCGUUGGAACAGCGCAAGCCAAAGAUUCUUAUUUGCGUAUGGACAGAAUUGUGGAUGCUAUACAAGAAACAGGAUCACAGGCUGUUCAUCCAGGUUAUGGGUUCCUAAGUGAAAAUGCAGAGUUUGUGCAGAGAUUAGAGGACCUGAAUGUAGCUUUUAUUGGUCCAAGUGCAAGUGCUAUAACAGGAAUGGGUGAUAAACUUGAAUCUAAGAGGCUUGCGAUGGCAGCAGGUGUCAAUACCAUUCCAGGCUUUGAUGGUAUUGUCAAAGAUAGUGAAGACUGUGUGCGUAUUAGUAAUGAGAUAGGAUAUCCUGUAAUGAUAAAAGCAUCGGCUGGGGGUGGCGGCAAAGGAAUGAGAAUUGCCUGGAAUGAUGAUGAAGCACGAGAAGGAUUCAAACUUUCCACCCAAGAGGCAGCAUCUAGUUUUGGUGACGACAGAAUUCUUGUUGAAAAAUAUGUUGAUAAGCCAAGACAUAUAGAAAUACAGGUUUUGGGUGACAAGCAUGGAAAUGCCAUAUACCUUAAUGAACGUGAAUGUUCAAUUCAGCGACGUAAUCAGAAAGUUAUUGAAGAAGCUCCAAGUGUGUUUUUAGAUUCUGCUACCCGUAAAGCAAUGGGGGAACAAGCUGUGGCACUUGCAAAACAAAUAGGGUAUUCAUCAGCAGGAACAGUUGAAUUUCUUGUUGACUCAAACAAGAACUUUUAUUUUUUGGAAAUGAACACCAGAUUGCAGGUGGAGCAUCCCAUCACAGAAUGCAUAACUGGAGUUGAUCUAGUUCAGCAGAUGAUAAGGGUAGCCAAAGGUCAUCCAUUAAAGAUUUUCCAAAGGGAUGUACCAAUUCGUGGAUGGGCUAUUGAAAGCAGAGUUUAUGCAGAAGACCCUUUCAAAAACUUUGGCCUUCCAUCUAUUGGUAGGCUCUCAAAAUAUCAGGAACCUCUACAUUUAGAUAAGGUGCGGUGUGAUAGUGGCAUUGAGGAAGGAAGUGAAAUCAGUAUUUACUAUGACCCCAUGAUCUGCAAGUUGGUUUGUUAUGGGGACUCUCGAGAGGAGGCAAUCGAACGUAGUAUCAAAGCUUUGGAUGCUUAUGUAAUCAGAGGUGUAACUCACAACAUCCCCUUGUUAAGAGACAUUUUGAACGAAGAACGUUUUGUUAAGGGUGACAUUUCAACAAACUAUUUACCUGAAGUAUAUCCUGAUGGCUUCAAAGGCAAGCAGUUGUCUGCACGAGAAAGAGAUGAACUGAUUGCUAUGCUAGCAUCAGUUAGUGUUAAAAAUUCACUUCGUUCAGCUAACAUACUAAAUGAAUCAAGAGGCAAAAUCAACAGUAGGCUGCCAUCAUGUUGGGACCUCGUUGUUAAAGUUGCUGGAAUGGAGAUUCCUUGCUCAGUCAAUGUCUUGGAUGGUAGUUUUAAAGUUACUAUUGAUGGUAGAAAAAUUAUGGUCAACAGCAAUUUUGACCUAGCUUCUCCAUUGAUUGAAGCUCAAAUAGAUGGAAAUGAAGAAACUGUCCAGUUAAUCAAGUUGGGAUCAGCGGGAGAGAUCAGAAUACGAUACAAAGGCACUGCCUUCCAAACUCUGGUCCUUCCUGCAAAAGCCAGUCAUUAUCUGUCAUUAAUGCCAGAAAAGCCUAAGGUUGAUAUGAGCAUGCAGGUUUUGUCGCCAAUGCCUGGUUUGGUGAAAUCAGUAGCAUGUGUACCUGGUGAUAUGGUUUCAGAGGGACAAGAAGUGUGUGUUAUAGAAGCUAUGAAGAUGCAGAAUUCUCUUGCAGCAGCUGCUACGGGAAAAGUGAAGGCUGUUCAUGUAAAAGUUGGAGAUACUGUAGAAGAAGAACAAGUAUUAGUUGAGCUGGAAUAGAUUUUUUGUACAUAGAAAACAAUUUAGUGUAGACCAUUGUAAGAUAGUGAAUGCAAAAAUAUGAAAUCUGCUAGAGUGAUUUAGAAUUAUUCUAGCAAUUAGAUAAUUGUACUAUGUGAUUCAGACUGAGAUGAAUAAAAGACCAAAAUGUGAUGUAUAUGACUUGAAGCAGUCAAUCAUGUUAAAACACAAUGAAUUUUUAUCUCUUAUAUAGAAGUUACUAUGAAUCUGCAAGAUUUUGUUGCCAUGAAAUAUUCUUGGGUACAGGACACUAGUGAUAUCUUUUUGUAGUGUUCUGAAAAAUACUGUAUUCAAAAUCAUUUUUCAUAGUUCAGGCAUUCCCCGGUUAUUGGCAGGGCUUCUGUUCUCAGCAGGGUGCUGAUAAGCGAAAACUGCCAUUAACUGAAACUCGGUGAUUUAUGGCGCCAAGUUUCGGUUAAUGGCGCCUCUGUUUGGCAUGUGACGGCGCCAUAAUUCUAUUAUCAGCACCUUAUGGGGCUGGUAACCGAAACUUGGCCCAUUAUGGUGCCAUAAGGUGCCAAUAAUAGAGUCAAGUCACCAUAGCAUACCUAACAGAGGCACCAUUACCUGAAACUCGGCACCAUAAAUCACUGGGUUUCGGUUAAUGGCUGUUUUCACUUAUUAGCAACCCCACCAAAAACAGACCCCCUCUAACAACCAGGGACUGCUUGUAAUCAUUUGAACAUGUCAUUUUUAAAAAGUUACUUUUCACUGUAUACUACGAAGCCAUAAUACUACGGGUUUGUGCAAGAAAAUGAUGCUGAUAAUGAUUAUUUUUAUAUAUCUUUCAUACGAACAUUAUAGUACGUAGUUGAAAUGACCCCACUUUGAUUCUAAAAAUCUAGUGUUACUUUUUUCUGAAUUAUUGGCAGAUUUUUGGGAUAAAAGUCUUCCUGUCAGUUUUCUGUUGAAUUGAUUGUCAAAAUUGCAGAUUGAAACUAUGGGAAAACUGAAAAUUACACUAAACUUUGCUUUUUGUGACCUGUUCAACGUAACUGCAGUGCAGUAAAGUUGAAGUGAUCUUAGGACUUAGUUGGACUAUGUUUCAGAACAUUUUCUCUUUCAUUUUCCCAUAUUUUUAUUACCCUGUACUAUUCCAUUUACCAUCACUGUAGUCUUUAGAACAAAAGUGAUGCAGUGUGGAAAUAGUAGGCCUAUUCUUGGAUGGCUGGAGAGAGAGAGAGAAAAGUAGAUUAUUUUCUUAGCAUUUUUCGUUAUAGUGAAAGAUAUUUUAACUUUCAGUGAGAAACAAAAAUAUCAAGAUCUUUGUAAAAUAGUUUGACAAAAAAAACCAGGUUUUGAUGUGGAAAACCUAUAUUUGGUAGCUGGUGUGAAUCCACAAAGGAGUCACUCUCAAGGUCCCUAGAGGGACUCCUAAAGAUAGACCAACCAGUUUCAAAGAAUUCUCUUCUAGUUGGUCUUGGCCAGUAUAAUUUCACAUUAAUACUGAUAGAAUAGACCCAAGACAAGAGGGCUCUUUCUCUUGUCUUCAGCAGCUGCGUAGAUUUAAUUCCCAUUCCGUACCUGUGGAUGUGGCAACAGCUCCCCGCAUGUUGGCCAUCUAUCAUGGCAACAAUGUAUUCCACGCCAACCCUGUCACCCAUUACUCUUUCAGGUCUAUGCAGGAAAAUUAUUCACCCAUGUCCCAUGCCGUUUCAUCAGGGAAAGUAGGUUGGUUUGAGGACUCACAGCUGCUACCAAAAAUAGGUUUUUCCUUACAUCAAAGCCUGUUUUUUUAAUAGCGUAGCCGCUGUUUGUCCUCAUAGGAGCUUACGAAAGAAACUGACGGGUGAAGAAAUACCUAGCUCCUAAAAUUCAAUCCCAACAAUCAAGAUAAAAUUUCAGGCAAGGCUAAGCCAUAAGUUAUGAACCACAUUCUUUAUUCCAUAUACCGGUUUGGCAACAAAACCAUAAAACCUAACACAAACUUAUUACUAUCAAGGUGUACUGUGGAUCCCCAUAUUCAUGGUGUAAGUGUACCAGACCCCCCCCCCCCCCCCUCACAAAUAGUUAAAAUCAGUCAAUACUUAGAACCCCUCUAAAAAAGCUUGGAGCUGCCUAUCUUGAAAGUUCAAAUACCAAAUGUAUACCUUAAAUAAGAUUCUACAUCAAAUAUACCUUAAGGUAUUCAAGAUGUAUUACCUUAACUAGCAUUUUUAAAACACUAUGAACGCACACACAGUGUGCAUAUGUGUUAAUACCAUUUGGUUAAAGAGACUCAAAUUAGAAGUAUGUAUCUUUUCUUGCAAAUUAGAAGUAUGCAUCUUUUAUUGAGAGAGAGAUAUUUUGCAGUAGUAUAUCCUUUGACUGCCAAGUUGGCAACAAUUUGACCCACUUAAGUCAGAAACACUGACCAUCCACCCUUGCUGUCAGGUUUCUUGACAUUUCUGACAGGCUCACCCUCCCCCCUCUCUCCAAGUCCCUCAGGAAAAGAUUGCUGUUUCCUGUGUUUUUACAUAAUUUAUUAAUUUAUGAACUAAAAUCUUAUUAAUUGACAAUACAGGCAGUCCCCGGGUUACGACGGUCUCGGCUUACGACGUUCCGAGGUUACGAUGCUUUUCAAUUAUAUUCAUCAGCUCAUCUGGCAGAUGAAAUAUGACACCAAAAAUGCAAAAUAAUCAAUAUUUGAAGGUUUAUUUGAUGAAAAAUGCCAUAAGAAUGCAGUUUACAUAGUUUUCAAUACACCCAAAGCAUUAAAAGUAAGGUUUUCUUAGGAUUUUUGAUGAUGUUCCGGCUUACGACGCGUCUCAAGAACGGAACCCUCGUCGUAACCCGGGGACUGCCUGUAGUAUUUUCAUUAAUAAAUUGAUGUUAUUGCUGUUUACGUUAAUAUUAAUAUUUGAAAAUUAGUAUAACAUUUAUUUAUCUUACAAAAAAAUGCAUCUCAGUUAGAGAGAGAGAGAAUUAUUAUUUUUAUUUGAUAUCAUUUAAUCUUAUUAAACUUAAUAAGUACAAUAUAUUAAUCAAUAUUAGUAUUUGAAAAUUAGUAAAUCAUUUUUGUAUCACAAAAAUAUAUUUUUUCAUGAAAAUAAGAUCAAGAUACACUAAUUAGUGAAUAUUUUAUCAACAGAAAGGCCAUGAAUUCCUGAAUUUUUUGCAAAUAACUUAUAGAUAGGGUCAACAGAAAAAAUCUGCGAAUAGGUGAGACCGCAAAUCUUGAGAACACGAAUAUGCAGGGUUGACUGUAUAGUCUGGUUGUGCCAGUAAUGUUUUAGGAAUACUGUUUCUGAUGCCCACUUUAUACGCUCAAGAGACUUCUUCAAAAGAAACAUUUCCAAAGAAAGCUAAUGAUGUACUCACCUUCCAGACGUCAUGGGACCUAAGAAAGGAGUGGGGUUUGCCUUUUCAAUAAAGGAUGUUAAAAUUAUUCUUAGCCCAUGUAGGGAGAGUGGCUUGUUUUUGCUCUGGUGUAUGAAAAUCGGGCCAUCUGGGGAUAGAAUGUUUUAUCCGGCAGAUUGAGUUCCCUUAUUAGAAUAGGAGAUUUUCUCUUUAAAUGGUUCUCAUUUUUGGCCAGGAAUGAUGGGCCAGGAGACAAUAACAAAUGAUAGUUAACUGUAUGAGUGAUGGAGUGUUGUCCCUGUCUAAGAGAGCCCAGUUUACUAAUGCUCCUGAUGCUAAAGCAGUCAAGAUUGCCUUUUGCAGCUUGAGUUAUAGUUGUAUUGGGCUCACUGAAUUGAGAGGUUGACAGAAGUCUAAUCAGCUUAUUCAGGGACCAAGAAAUGGGAAGCCUAGCAGGAGCAGGUAUUUUGCAAUACAAAAGACUGGAGAAGGGAAAGUCACAAUUUGUAUGUUAGAGUUAAUCCAAAAUCCAUAAAGCAAGGGUUCUGACUAUGCUGCCUUUUAUGCCAUGAUUGUUGUAACAGCAAGGCACUAGUCUUCAAAAAGAUAAAUAAGAAAAUGUAGAAGCGUUUCAACAGAGAUCUUAACUGGGCUCUCAGCAUGGAUAUAAUCUUACCAUACUUUCGAUACAGAGAUGAUGUCUGUAGUUUUUGUGCUAGGUACCUAGCAAUGUUGGGUGAGUAAUUUUCACGGUAGAAAAGGUUUAAGAAAUCCACAAGUGAAGGUCUUGGCUUAGAUAGGACACAUAGAUGACUUUCCCUCCUAUUGUCUGGGCUAGAACAGUGGACUAAAUGGAAUUGAACUCGUCACCCGUUGUAGAAGCAAGAGGUACCAAUGACUGUUCAGCUAAUUUGGGGCUAUUAAGUAAGCUGUUCUGUUGAAAGUUAGAAGUGUAUUAAAAACCCUUCAAAAUCUGGGACAAUGUAGGAUAAAGUUAUAUCGUCCUACUUUUAUUUCCAGUUCUAGGAAUGUAUCUCCUGCUAUUGCUUGAUUGUCCAGGUUUGGAAAUAAAUACGAUGGAAGUUGGUGGUUCUUGCAUGUGGCAAACAGGUCCACUUCCAGAUGUAGAAGUAUGUUGGUAAUUAAUUGGAAGGAGUGAUUGUCUAACAUCCACUCAGUUUAGGCUGUUGUAUUCCUUGACAGAGAGUCUGCUAUUACAUUGAGAGGCCUGAAGGAUGGGUAGCAUUACUGCAUUGAGAGGAGAUGACCGUGAGCCUAAUACCUCUUGAUGCAGGACAUUGCAGGCAACAAAAUAUGGGUCCCUUUUGGAGGUUUUGGUUUUCUGAGGGACUGAAGACAUCCAGCUGCUCCAGGAAGUUGAUAUAGCAACUCAGAGCAGAUGACCACCUCCCUGCUACCUGACAAUCUCCCCAAUGGAACUCCCGAACCUGUCAAGUAGGCAUCUGUGUGUAUUAUCACUCAUGCAGAUGGAGGAGUCAGGGUGACAUGUUUUGCCAGAGACCCUUUCCAGGUCACAUGGUGAGAGUAUCUUCCCAACUCUUUGGCCCCUUUGAUGAAGUGAACGCGAAUCUUUUCUGGCAUGCGAUAGCUAGAAUUUGUUUACAUUUUUAAGGUGCAAUCUGAGGAUUGGGUCUACCACAGAUGCAAACUGUAACAGUUUCCAUCAUAUGCUCCAACUGAUGUAUGGAUAUGUUGGGCUGUGCAAGGAACCUUUUCAGAUCCUUCCUUAUUCUGUUUUGAGUAUUGGUGGGAAGAGACAACUGACCAUGAAGAGUAUCCCAAAAAGUCCCAGCCACUAAAAGCUUCAGAUGCUGGCAGAAAUACCAAUUAAACAACAUCAAACUGACAGAAUGACAAAACUAAAAAAACAAUAUUUAAGACUUGAUGUGGCUCUAGUCAGAAAGUCACUGGGUCAUGUUAUGAAAUAGUACCUUAUGCCAAGAAAACCUUGUUAUUUUCUUGUAUACUCUUCAGUGCCAAGGGAAAACUGUCCGCUACUUAAUAUUGAGAAGAGGAGGUAUUUUGAGACCAAUAUUGAAAGAAUUAUUAUUUAUUACUGAGAUGGGCAAUGUGAUUUGAUAAACAAUUCAUAAAUUAGAAAUAUGGACUUUCACUUUCUUGACUUAGAUGAUUGUGGCAAAAGUGAGGUAACAAGCAAAAAUAUUAAGAAUUGAAGUGGAUUGGAAAAUAAAGAGAAAUAACACCCUGUAUUGCUGAUGGUCAAAAGUCCAGUUAAUGCAGGCUGACAUAAGAAUCAUAUGAAAAUAGAAGUAAUUACUAAUAUUAGGUAGUCAAUAAAAUCAUAUGUAUUGUAACAUAUGAAGAAAAUAAUUCUCCUUUCAUUUGUUUGUAAGUAUAAUUUAAAACUAGAGGGCAUGUAAUUUAGCAUGACUCCUGUGUCAAAGCUUUUCAAAAACUUAGGGAAAUUUAAAUAGCUUGUUUUAAUUGAAGCAAUUACCAUGUCUCCUCAUUUUUUAAAGAUUUCAUAAUUUAUCUCAUUUUGCAAGGGAUUAGUUAUCUCAUCUUUCCCAAGUUAACAACACCAAAAGUGAGUUGGUUAUCACCUUGUUUAGUAAAUAAAGAGUUAGUUAUUUUCUUACAUAGUAAAUCAUCAGCAAUCAGGAAGUUAAGAGUGCUUAACUAAUGAUUAGUAGGCAGUCCCUGGUUAUCAGUGAUCCGGUUUUUUGGGGCUUGUCUAGUGCCACAAAAUCGGUGAUCUAUGGUGCCAUAAUGGGCCGAGUUUUGGUUAUUGGCGUCAUAACAUACCUAACAGAGGCGCCAUACAUCCCAGAAUUUAGUUUAACGGCAGUUUUCGCUUAUUAGCAUCCCGCCAAGAACGGAACCCCCGCCAAUAACCAGGGACUGCCUCUGUAACAAAAAAUAAACUGCAGCAGAAAUAUCAUUUGGCACAAGACCUAUGUUUUCUGAAGAAAAAAGUAUCUUGGAACAAUUUUUCAAAACAAUUAUGAUUAAGCAAAAUUUAAAGCAUUUUUAACACUUUCCAGGCACUAUAUAUAUAAUAGAGUCAUGUUAUCUAUAGUAUUCAAGUAGAACCCUUCUCAAAUCUCAUUCUAAAUGUCAUUCAUUUUUCCUUGUCAGCUUUCAGCUUCCAAAAGGCAAACAGGAUUGAAAUCAAGCAAUUUUUUAUAUUGAUGGGGUGAGACAAGUUACAUAAUGACAAAAUAAUAACCAAAACCUUCCAGAUAAUAAUCUAAGAAAUUUAUGGAACGUAAUGAACUACAUAAUGUCAAGAGAUUGCAAGCACUACUACUUGCAGAUCUGAAAAUAAGCUUAAAAGAGAAGGCAGUGGAAGACUUACAAAAAUAACCCAAAAUAUUUCUUUUCAUAUCCAAGUAAACAUCAGUAGCAGAAUACUCAACUAUGAAUUGAAAUUGCAUGCCUACCUUUGGUAGAAAAAAAAAAAAAAGAA